AUGGCGACUUCAUCUUUAGCUUUCCCUUCUCUCCACAACCUGAAUCUUGACGUACCCAAUACAAACCCACGUCGACGCGCCACCGCCGUCCGAUUGAUCACUGCCUCCAUCAAAGACUCUGUUCCAGUUCCACCUCUUUCUGCCACCUCCGCCGAUGUAGCUCCCACCGUCAGCGGCAACUCCACCACCAAUCUCCCUCUCCGGCAAGUCCCUGGCUCCUACGGCAUUCCAUUCUUUCAACCCCUUAAAGAUCGAUUUGAGUACUUUUAUGGCGCCGGCGGACGGGAUGAAUUCUUCAAGUCUCGGAUUCAUAAAUUUCAGUCAACGGUGUUUCGUGUCAACAUGCCACCUGGUCCGUUCAUCGCCAACAACCCGAAUGUCGUUGUUCUUCUUGACGCCAAGAGUUUUCCGACGCUGUUUGAUGUAUCUAAAGUCGAAAAGAAGGAUUUGUUCACCGGAACAUACAUGCCGUCUACUGAACUCACCGGCGGCCACCGUGUCCUCUCGUAUCUUGACCCAUCGGAGCCCAAGCAUGCUCCGCUAAAAAAUUUGAUAUUUUUCAUGCUCAAAUCUUCCCGAAGCAGAGUUAUGCCGGAAUUCGAAGCGACAUACAGUGAACUCUUCGAUGAGCUUGAAGCAGAGUUAGCACAAAAGGGUAAAACUCUUUUCAACGACGCCGGCGAACAAGCAGCCUUCAGGUUUCUUGGUCGGGCGUAUUUGGAAACCAACCCGGAAGUAACAAAGAUCGGAAAAGAUGGUCCGAAGUUGAUCGGGUCCUGGGUUUUAUUCAAUCUCGGACCUUUGCUCCGCCUUGGACUUCCAUGGUUCGUAGAGGAACCUCUCCUUCAUACUUUCCGGCUGCCUCCUGCCCUGAUUAAGAAAAACUAUCAGAAACUUUACGAAUUCUUCGAAUCAUCUUCGUCUCCGAUCAUCGAACAAGCAGAAGCUUUAGGGAUUUCAAAAGACGAAGCGGUUCAUAACAUCUUAUUCACAGUUUGUUUCAAUACGUUUGGGGGGAUCAAGAUUUUGUUUCCCAAUACACUGAAAUGGCUCGGCCGCGCCGGAACUAAUUUACAUACUCAGUUGGCGGAGGAGAUCAGAGGUGCGAUCAAAACCCACGGCGGAGGGAAGGUGACCAUGGCGGCGAUGGAGCAGAUGCCCUUGAUGAAAUCCGUCGUCUACGAAUCCCUUCGAAUCGAACCACCUGUGGCCUUGCAAUACGGGAAAGCUAAACGUGAUCUGACAAUCGAAUCACACGACGCCAUUUUUAAAGUGAAAGAAGGGGAAAUGUUGUUCGGAUACCAGCCAUUUGCGACCAAGGAUCCCAAAGUGUUUGACCGGGCGGAAGAGUUUGUUCCGGAUCGGUUUGUGGGUGACGGCGAGAAGCUUUUGAAGUACGUGACGUGGUCAAACGGACCGGAGACGGAGGGUCCGACGGUGGGAGACAAGCAGUGUGCCGGAAAAGAUUUUGUGGUGUUGAUUACUCGAUUGUUCGUCGUGGAACUCUUCCGCCGGUAUGAUUCUUUCGAUAUCGAGGUUGGUGCUUCUCCGUUAGGUGCCAAAAUUACAUUAACGUCCCUCAAAAGAGCUCGUGUGUGA